AUGGUGCUUUCCACCAUUCGCCACUAUGAUCAGAAUGCUGCCUCUUUCUGGGAAGGAACAAAGGACCACGACGUGAGCCAAAACCGCGAUGCCCUGCUGACCGCUAUGGGGCAGCCGCUGGCAGGUAGGACGGUGUUGGACUUUGGCUGCGGCCCAGGUAGAGACAUUGCCUACUUCCAGUCCCUCGGUAUGAAAGUCACGGGGCUUGACGCAAGUAAAGAGUUUGUACGCAUGGCCAGGGAGUACACCGGGGCGGAGGUGCUCCACCAGGACUUCCACAAAUUGGAUUUGCCCCCAUCCUAUUUUGAUGGCAUCUUUGCCAACGCCUCCCUCUUCCACGUGUACAGGACGCAUCUGCCGGCUGUCUUGUCAACUCUGCAUGACGCUCUGGCCCCGGGUGGCAUCUUGUUCUCCUCCAACCCUCGUGGCGAUGAGGACACCGAAAACUUUUCAGGUAGGUAUGGAUACUACUUGUGUUACGAGACCUAUGCCGAGCUUAUGAAGAAGGCCGGCUUCGAAGAGAUGGGCCAUUUCUACAGGCCGCCAGGAAAGCCCAGGCAUCUGCAGCCUUGGUUGGCUUCCACGUGGCGCAAACUGCGGUA